AUGACUAUACGUGUCGCGUUAAGCUCCAACAUGAUAUUCGAGCCGAAGCACGUCAAGGUUAUCAAGAGUAUACAUACGUCAGAGGCAUCUGAGAUAUUCUAUGUCACUUACAAGGGUGCGGAGUGUUGCCUCAAAGUGUUCCAUAUGGGAGAUGACCCAGGCUUUUCGGAUGAUGGCCGGGAUCUCUGCCGUUACCGCUGUGAAUCUCAAACAUACGAAGCUCUCCGUUCUCGGGGUGUUUGCGACCGUGGAUUUGUUCCUCUGUUUUACGGAACAUAUGAAAACCUUGACCCUGAACUUUUUGGGAACAGCCUUGAUUCUUUUAAAAAUGAUAGAAGACGACCAUGUGCAAUCUUGACGCAAUACCUGCCUGGCGCGACCUCGCUUACGGCGAAGAAUGUCACUCCAGGGCUAUUGCAACUGGCAAUUGAAGGUCUUAAAGCCAUCCAUUCCGCGUGGGUCAUCCACAACGAUGCAGAGCCCAAGAAUGCUCUGGUUGUCUCUAAUAGGAUUGUUUGGGUCGAUUUUGAUGUGUCAAUCGUGUUUUUUGCGGAGAAGCGAGGGGAUCUCAAUCUCGCUGAUGAGAUUGAGUCUGAAGUCGAAUUUUUCUGCAGCUGCGCUCGCAAACUCGAUUAUGGUGCGGUGCUCAAUGGCACCCCAAUCCCAUCGGAUCCGAUGCCAACAUCGCCUCCUCGGCCUAUCAGGGACGAGAUGUUGUUCCACGACCGCUUCGUUGAAUACAUAUACCCACGCGUCAGGAGGGCGCUACGAGCUGGAUUCGAGCAGAACCCUUCCCUCACCGCUACUGCGAAUCACGAAGCGGUUACCUUUGAUGGUGGCUCAGCAGCAACCUUGCUUGACCAGUUUAAGCCAGACACGGCGAUCCUCAGAUCUUCCGACACUUUAGGCACCGGAGACAACCGUGCCCCUGCAGAUUUAAAGGUCUCCUGGAAAUGGAAAUCAGAGUGGAGAACAACUACGGAUGCGCAAGACGCCAGGGAAUACAAGCAAGUGCUCUCGCAGCUGAACUACUACAUGGUACAGAACAAGACAAAGUACGGAUUUAUCGUGACAGAUACUGAGCUUGUACCUGUGAAGAGAUUGGCGCAAAGUGGUCAUUUGGCGGUGGGGAAUGCUAUUCCUUGGACUGCGAGUGGGAACCAGUUGACUGUUCGUCUAGGCAUUUGGUACAUUUCAAUGCUGGCAGCAAGAAAUGACUGGCAACUAUCUCACCAUGUCCUGAAUGGCUGA